AUGUUUGCAGUAACCAGCAUGUUUUGGAAAUUUGACCUUCACUCAUCAUCCCACAUAGACACACUUCUAGAGAGAGAAGAUGUAACGUUGAAGGAAUUAAUGGAUGAGGAAGAUGUUUUGCAAGAAUGUAAAGCUCAGAACCGCAAACUUAUCGAGUUUCUGUUAAAAGCAGAAUGUCUUGAAGACUUAGUUUCCUUCAUUAUAGAAGAACCACCUCAAGACAUGGAUGAAAAAAUCAGAUACAAGUACCCAAAUAUAGCUUGUGAAUUACUCACUUCUGAUGUCUCUCAGAUGAAUGAUAGAUUGGGAGAAGAUGAAUCUUUGCUAAUGAAACUGUAUGGCUUCCUCCUGAACGAUUCCCCUUUGAACCCAUUACUGGCCAGUUUCUUCAGCAAGGUGCUAAGUAUUCUUAUUAGCCGAAAACCAGAACAGGUAAAUACUUUUCCCCCAAAGAUAAGUCAAUUCAUUGCUUUAAAUCAUAUGUUUGCAUCAUAUGUUUUCCAGUGGUUAAAUGAGGAGAAAAUUAUCCAGAGGCUUGUGGGAAUAGUUCAUCCAUCUCAAGAAGAAGAUCGGCAUUCUAAUGCCUCGCAGUCACUCUGUGAAAUCAUUCGCCUCAGCAGAGACCAGAUGCUACAAGUCCAGAACAGCCCAGAACCAGACCCACUACUGGCUACUCUAGAGAAGCAGGAGAUCAUCGAACAGCUUCUGUCCAAUAUUUUUCACAAGGAGAAGAACGAGUCGGCGAUUGUCAGUGCGAUCCAGAUCCUGCUGACUUUGCUGGAGACGAGACGGCCAACAUUUGAAGGCCAUAUAGAAAUCUGCCCACCAGGCAUGAGUCACUCAGCAUAUUCAGUCAACAAAAGUGUUUUAGAAGCUAUAAGAGGAAGACUUUCAGCUUUCCAUGAACUCCUGCUCGAGCCUCCUAAGAAAAGUGUUAUGAAGACAACCUGGGGCGUGUUGGAUCCUCCGGUGGGAAACACUCGCUUAAACGUGAUCAGGCUGAUCUCAAGCCUUCUGCAGACAAACACCAACAGUGUCAAUGUGGACCUCAUGGAACUGAACAGCAUCGGUGUGAUCCUGGAUAUGUUCUUCAAAUAUACCUGGAAUAACUUCUUACACACUCAAGUAGAAAUUUGUAUCGCCUUGAUUCUUGCCAGUCCUUUUGAGAGCCCAGAAAACAGCACCGUUGGUGAUCAGGAUUCCACUGGGGACAAUCUUUUACUGAGACAUCUGUUCCUUAAGUGCCAGUUAGUGGAACGAAUACUUGAAGCCUGGGAAAUGAAUGAGAAAAAACAGGCUGAAGGAGGAAGACGACAUGGUUACAUGGGCCACUUAACGAGGAUUGCUAACUGUAUUGUACAUAGUACUGACAAGGGGCCAAACAGUACUUUAGUACAACAGCUGAUUAAAGAGCUUCCAGAUGACGUCAGAGAGCGAUGGGAGACGUUCUGCACCAGCUCUUUAGGCGAAACGAACAAACGGAACACCGUGGACCUGGUCACAACCUGCCAUAUUCAUUCAUCCAGUGAUGAUGAAAUUGACUUUAAAGAAACGGGGUUCUCGCAGGAUUCUUCUUUACAGCAAGCCUUUUCUGAUUAUCAGAUGCAACAAAUGACGUCCAAUUUUAUUGACCAGUUUGGCUUCAAUGAUGAGAAGUUUGCAGAUCAAGAUGACAUUGGCAAUGUUUCUUUUGAUCGGGUGUCAGACAUCAACUUUACCCUCAAUACAAAUGAAAGUGGAAAUAUUGCUUUGUUUGAAGCCUGCUGCAAAGAAAGGAUACAACAAUUUGAUGAUGGAGGCUCAGAUGAAGAAGACAUUUGGGAAGAGAAGCACAUCGCCUUCACCCCAGAAUCCCAGAGACGGUCUAGCUCAGGGAGUACAGACAGUGAAGAAAGUACAGACUCUGAAGAGGAAGAUGGAGCAAAGCAUGAUUUAUUUGACUCUGGCAAUACCAACACAGAAGAUAAAAUGGAGGUGGACUUGAAUGAACCACCUAACUGGUCAGCCAACUUUGAUGUGCCCAUGGAGACAGCACAUGGUGCCAGCCUUGAUUCUGUGGGGUCUGAUGUUUGGAACACAGAAGAACCUAUGCCAACUAAAGAGACAGGUUGGGCUUCAUUUUCUGAGCUGACAUCCCCAUUGAGUACAAAGGAUUCUUUAAGGAGUAAUUCUCCAGUGGAAAUGGAAACCAAUACUGAACCAGUGGAUCCUUUGACUAGCAGUACUACUGUCUCCCUGACAACACCCCCAGAAGCCCCAGCUAGUGUUGCUAUGGAAGCUACUUCUGAUGGAGAAGAUGAAGCAGAAAAUCCCGACAAGGUAACGGAGACAGUGAUGAAUGGCAGCAUGAAGGAAACACUCAGCCUUACGGUAGAUGCUAAAACUGAAACUGCCGUCUUCAAAAGAGUGUUGAAAUCCUAUCGUGAAGAAGGAAAAUUGUCUACCUCUCAAGAUGCUUCUUGUAAAUAUGUGGUGGAGGAGAGGACAGAAGGUGGUGAUACCAGUCCUGCUGCUUCCCAGCCGGCUGGCCUGAGCCCUGAGCACAGGACUGAUCAGCCCAGCCUUUUAGGAGAGACGUCUGUUAAUGGCCCCGUAUGAUACGUCGUGGUCUCCUGCUGUUGACUGAGGACUACAGACUGGUGACCAGGGCUUGAACGCGGCGUUUCUUGCGGAUUUCAUCUAGAGCCUGUCCGGGCCAGUCACUGCUGCACUCAUUUGCAAGGGAUCAGGACCAGCAACGUUUAUAUUCUAGAUUUUAAGACAUUGUACAGAGAAAAUCAGAAGUGUAAAAAUCUUGCACAUUGACAAAUACCAAGCAUUUUUGCCUCUGUUUAUAUUGUAUUGUUCGGAAUAAUGGGUGGCCUGUGAAAGAAGACCCUGCCAUCCGUGUAAUAAUAGUAGGAAUACUAGAGUUCAAAUGGCUGUAAGAUUAGUUUUAUAAAAGUGAAUACACAGAUCUAUUGUAUUGGAGACAUGACUAUUUGACGAUUAGUGUGACCAAAGUCUUUAGGCCGUUUUCAUACAUUUUUUCACCUUGUACAAAAUUCUGAACUCAUUUUUCUUCCGGGUUGGCAAGAAGUUGUAGGGUUGCAAAGCCCUCAAAGGGUUAUUUUGGUUGUUCUGACUCUCAAAAGUGAUUUUAAAUAAGAAAUUUGGGGUGUUCUUUUUAUAACCAGUUUUUAAUUGGUAACUGUUUUCUGUAUUGUUUCAAACAGAUCAAAAUGUAAGUCUAUUGGUAGAGAUUUUAAGUAUUUAUUGCUACAACUUAGUUGACAAAUUGAUGUUACUGUAAAGCCAUAUGUUCUGUUCAGUCUUGUUUGCUUGAAACAAUUCCUCACACCGAUGAAACACUAGGUUCUUUGGGGUGGAUGUGGCUUGGGGUUUGGGGCUUAGGGGUUCGGGAUAGUUCACCUGCCUUUUAACCCUUUCAUUCACCAAACUGUACCUUGUUAACCGAGCAUUACAAAUGAACAUUUCAGAACAAUCUGCAUAUUUAUAAUACUCUACUCGUAUUAGGCAAGUCACGGGAGGAGAUGUGCGCACAGCUAAUCGGAUUAGCAGGCGUUCGGUAUUUUUUUUUUUUUUUUUUUUUGGGCAUAGCAUUUUAAAAGUACAAAUCAAAAUUGGGCACCUGAGCAUGUUAAUUGUUUUCCUGUACCUUGUGAAGUUUUCACUCGUAAAUUCUAAGCCAGUGUAUUUUUUUAGGCCUGGUUUGUGUAUAUAUAGUGAUUAUGGAUACUAAUUCAUUGUAAUUUAUAAUUUUCUAUGUCAGUAUAAAAAUCCACCUGCCUUCUCCAACAGCAGAAGUGAUAGGCGUGUGUCACCGCCAUGUCAUCCGUCUGGUGAAGGGGUCGCUUUAUGUCACCUUGCACUUUUAGAUGCAAAUCAGCUUCUCAUUUCUGUAAUAGAAAGUUCUUCACAUAUUUUUACGUCCUUUGUUUUUUCCUGACCAGUAUUUAAAACCAAAAGGAUACUCUGAACGAUGGCCAACGAUUUUUUAGACCUAGCAUCCCAAGCAGCGUGCCUAAACAUUACAUUACAUACAGAAAUAAAAAAAAAAAUCAAAUGUA